AACAACAUCCAGAUGAUCCAGGCGGACACGUUCCGCCACUUGCAUCACCUGGAGGUCCUGCAGCUGGGCAGGAACGCCAUCCGGCAGAUUGAGGUCGGGGCUUUCAAUGGGUUGGCCAGUCUCAACACCCUGGAGCUCUUUGACAACUGGUUGACCGUCAUCCCCAGCGGGGCCUUCGAGUACCUGUCCAAGCUGAGGGAGCUGUGGUUGAGGAACAACCCCAUCGAGAGCAUCCCCUCGUACGCCUUCAACCGGGUGCCCUCCCUCAUGCGCCUGGACCUGGGCGAGCUCAAGAAGCUGGAGUACAUCUCCGAGGGGGCUUUCGAGGGCUUGUACAACCUCAAGUACCUCAACCUGGGGAUGUGCAACAUCAAGGACAUGCCCAACCUGACGCCCUUGGUGGGGCUGGAGGAGCUGGAGAUGUCGGGCAAUAACUUCCCCGAGAUCAAACCGGGCUCCUUCCACGGGCUCAAGUCCCUCAAAAAGCUCUGGAUUAUGAACUCGCAGAUCAACCUGAUCGAGCGCAACGCCUUCGACGACCUGACGGCGCUGGUGGAGCUCAACCUGGCCCACAACAACCUCUCCUCCCUGAAGUACAUCCCCACCAACUCGACCUGCUGCUGGCGCUGCCAUGCCCCGCUCCACAUGCGGGGCAGGUUCCUGGUGGAGGUGGACCAAACCUCCUUCCAGUGCUCGGCACCCUUCAUCAUGGACGCCCCCAUGGACCUCAACAUCUCCGAGGGGCGGGUGGCCGAGCUCAAGUGUCGAACUCCUUCCAUGUCCUCCGUUAGGUGGUUGCUGCCUAACGGGACGGUGCUGAGCCACGCGUCCAACCACCCGCGGAUCUCCGUCCUCAACGACGGCACCUUGAACUUCUCCCACGUCCUGCUGACGGACACCGGGGUUUACACCUGCAUGGUGACCAACGUGGCGGGGAACUCCAACGCCUCGGCCUACCUCAACGUGAGCACGGCCGAGCUCAACACCUCCAACUACAGCUUCUUCACCACCGUCACGGUGGAGACCACCGAGAUCUCCCCGGAGGACAUCUCCCCUAAGUUCACCAAGCCCGUCCCCACCACGUCGACGGGUUACCAACCGGCGUACACCACCACCACCACCGUC